UCACUGGCAGCAAUCAGCUGGGAUUCAGUGUAAGUGAAAAUGUCAUUGCUAAAUCACUUGAGUUGUCAUCUCAUUUUGAUAUUGUUUGUAUUGACUGGAGCAGAUUGUGCUGAUGACUAUUACAUGAGACGGUCAAGAUGCAUCUACAGCUCUCCUGAUUACAGUGACAUGGCAUAUAUUGACAGCUUUUACUUAAAUAAAUUUCUGUUCACACAGUUCAACAGUACUUUGAGUAAGUUUGUGGGGUUUACUGAAAUUGGAAUGGGAAUUGCUGAGCAAUGGAACAAUAGCCCAUUUGUUCUAACAGAGAGAAAUGGGGUUAAUUUAUGCAAAUUUAUUAUUAAGUCUGAAGACACACCAGCCCGUGUUAAAGUAGUGAAACCGAAGGUUAAGCUCAGUUCAGUGACACGGGCUGGUGGCAAACAUCUAGCAGUGUUGAUGUGCAGCGCAUAUGAAUUUUAUCCUCCACACAUCAAAGUGUCCUGGCUGAGAGAUGGUAAACUGAUGACCUCAGAUGUGACCUCCACUAUGGAGCUGGCUGAUGGUGACUGGUACUACCAGAUUCACUCUGAGCUGGAGUACACCCCCAAAUCUGGAGAGAAGAUCUCGUGUAUGGUGGAGCAUGCUAGCUUCAAUAAACCCAUGAUUUAUGACUGGGAUCCAUCUCUCCCUGAGUCUGAGAGGAAUAAAAUUGCUAUUGGAGCUUCUUGUCUGGUGCUGGGAAUGAUCAUAGCAGCUGCUGUACUCAUUUACUACAAGAAGAAAAUAACAGGAAGGAUCCUAGUACCUCAUUAAUGAUGAUAGAUUUCUUCACUAAACUUUGAUAGCUCACUUGUCAAACUCAGUCACUUGAUAAAUAAUUAUACAUAUCCAUUAUGACUAAAGGGACUAAUAAUGAAUAAUGGACUAUGUGUGACAAUAUCUUUGUGACAUGAUCACGACAUACUAGUAUACGGUUAUUUAUGUUUUCAAUGUGCUGUGAUCCUGGGGUCCCACCACUCUGCACUUUUUCUAUGACUCUCUUAUCUGACACACUUAGGGUAUAUUUACAUGACAAUGGAUGUAGUAAAAAUGGGGGGAGAGUGAAAUUAUUAUAAGGGACGGUGCCUUAUUAGUACUUGCACUAAGUGCAAAUUGUCAUAAGCCGUUUAUACUAUGUUUAAAAAACAUGAAAUUGUCUUCUUGCAAAUAGUGUUAUUAUACUUAGUGUAAAUAGUGGUCAAUAAUACUACCAGGUAUACUUGUUUAAGAACUUAAAAGUGUCUUCGUGGAAGAGUGAAGUAACAUCUCAAACUCUGUGAGAUCUGUGAAAUUUGUUUAGUUUAUGUCUCAGUUGUUGAAUCUUUUUGUUUUUGUUUAAAUGUUUACACAUGACAUUUGCUGGAAAAAAAACUGUUGAAAGUUAUAGGACAUUUACAUGAGUUAAACUUUAAAAAAUACAGUGCAUGAUUGGUGUCUCUGGGGUUUCAAAACUGGUUUAACAUGAUUGUUGUAAACAUGCAAAACAUACAAAAGUUUUUUUAUGCGAACUAUGAGGAAGUUCCCCAUAAUUACAACUUCCCCAUAAUCACAACAAUGGCCCCUUUAUACAGACUACUUUGUGGUAAAGUGGCACUAAUGAACAAAAAACUAGUUAUUAACAGUCUGAAGGAACAAUGGUAAAUUUGACAACUUAUUCUCCUCUGACUUUUAUUUAUUUUAUUUUAUUUUAUUUUAGCAAUUGAAGUAAAAGGAAAUGCAAAAAAUAAAUAAAUAAAUAAAAAUCAUAUUUGCUGUAGGCACAUUACACCACUAUAGAGACUUGCCCAUCUAGCAUGACUUCUGCUUCUGAGAACCAUGAAAAUGUAAAAAAAAAGGUCCAUAGUUAUGCUGUUUUGAUGAGCAAUUGUGAACCAAAGGUUUGGUUGCACUACAUGCACUUAUGCAUACUUACCUAAGAAAUUAAGUUAAUAUAAGGUAACUACCGGUGCUACCGGUGUGCUACCGGAUA